AUGACUCGCUCCCCCCGCUCCCCGUCCACAGAAUCAACCAGAUUAUUGGAAGACUCUCCCCCUUCCUAUCAUUCAAUUGAUGACUCGGAUGAUGAACCAAUUACACCCCCUUCCAAAUAUUCCAGGAGCGAUAUCGUUUGGAUUCUCGCCGGACUAUGGAGCGCUGUCUUCCUGGGUGCUUUUGACGGAACCGUCGUAGCGACACUUCUAACGGAUAUCGGAAGCGACUUCAACAAGCUGAACCAAUCCUCCUACAUUGGCACUUCGUAUCUGCUGUCGGUCUGUUGCUUCACGCCACUAUACGGGCGCCUGUCUGACAUCAUGGGGCGCAAAGGUGCCAUGCUGUUGGGUCUAUCACUUUUCGGCUCGGGCACUAUAUUUUGUGGCCUCGCGCCUUCCAUGGAGUCGCUGAUCGCUGCGCGUGCCGUUGCAGGAAUGGGAGGUGGAGGCGUCAUGACCGUUGCUAGUGUCGCUGUCACAGAUUUGAUACCUUUGAAACAACGCGGUCUAUAUCAAGGCAUGGCAAAUAUUCUUUACGGACUGGGUGCAGGAAUUGGAGGCCCCGUUGGGGGGUGGAUAAAUGAUGUCUUUGGCUGGCGAUCUGCUUUUCUCUUCCAGACCCCGAUUCUGGUCUUCUCCUUCGUUUUGGUUGCUCUCAAAGUGAACAUCGAUCUUCCGCAGGAAAUACAGAACGAACCGGUUCGGGAGAAGCUUCGACGCAUCGAUUUCUUGGGCUCUUUGACGCUGGUCGGGACGGUUGGAUGCCUACUCUUGGGUCUGAGUCUCAAAUCUACGGAAGAACUGCCCUGGUCGAGCCCCUUGAUAUGGGGACUCCUCGCGGCCAGUCUAGUAUGGGGUGUCGCGUUCAUCUAUGUUGAGAAAUGCUGGGCUCCAUACCCGGUGAUGCCUCUACGUUUGGUAACACAACGAACGCCAUUGGCCGUGUCCGUUGCAAAUCUGCUAACCAGUAUAUCCGCGUUCUCUAUGCUCUACAAUCUGCCCUUGUAUUUUUCUACUGUCAGGCUCGAGUCGGCAACGAACUCAGGCCUCCACCUGCUACCCCAUUCAGUCGCCCUGUCAAGCGGCAGCGUUUUCGCUGGAUGGAUAAUGCGGAGGACCGGCAAACUAUACACACUGACUCUCAUAUCGGCGGUAUUUACUAUCUAUUCGAGCCUCUCGAUAGCGAGCUGGACGCCUGACACGGCCGACUUCCAUUUGUGGGUGGACAUCAUUCCACAAGGCUUUGGUAUGGCAAGCCUUAUCACCACCACCCUUAUUGCCAUGAUCGCCGGCGUAUAUAAAGAAGAUAUGGCAGUGGCGACUGGCAUUACAUAUCUGUUCAGGACGACUGGUCAAGUUCUUGGGGUAAGCCUGAGCGGUACUGUUCUUCAAGCCGUCUUGCUCGGAAAAUUAAAGGAGCGCAUCCAAGGUCCUGGAUCAGCCCAGAUCAUCGAACAAAUAAGACAUUCUACAGCCAUCAUACCGCAGCUCGAGCCUUCGAUUAGACGCGCCGCGAUUGACUCUUAUGCCGAUGCGCUUCGUGUUGUCUUCAUAUGUCAGGCUGCCAUCAAUUUCUUUGGGUUUAUUGCCUGCCUCCCCAUUCAAGAAAAUGCAUUACCUGGAUCCCAUGAGGAACAGGAGGAGUAUUACAGAUCUCGGAGUAACCAUGAAUGGUCGGACGAGGGCAGCAUGGUGGAGUAA